AUGCCACCGCGGGAUAUUACUGGGCAAACGACCGCCUUUGAAGAGUUUAAGCGCAAGGCCAAUUUAACAUAUCAGCGGUACCUUGACAAGAGUGUCCCACACCGCUCCAUGCGAUGGGCGAUGUUUGCGUUUCUCAUGAUAUUUUACAUUCUGCGAGUCUUUUAUCAUGGAGGUUUCUACGUGAUCACAUACGCAAUGGGUAUUCACUUAUUAUACCUCACACUUCUUCUUAUUACACCACUUGCGGAUGAAGAUUUCACUGAGGAAUCUGAGUUACCAAGAAGAGGAAGUAAUAAUGAUGAGGAAUUUCGUCCUUUUGUUCCACGUGUACAAGAGUUUGUGGUCUGGUGCAGUAUGUUUAAAGUUGUAUCUAUUUGUCUCUUUUUGACACUCUUUGAUUUUCUUGACAUUCCUGUAUUUUGGCCAAUUUUACUUCUAUACUUUAUUGUAUUGACAGUAACACAGAUGGGUGGACGCAUUAAACAUAUGUUAAAACACCGUUACGUCCCGUGGAAUGCAGGAAAACCAAAAUACGUUCCGAAGACUUCAGUAUGA